UUGGCGCAGACGUGUCCUGCAGUCAGAGCAUCCUUCCGUCAUGGCGUCGGUUUUGGUUAAGUCCUCCAGCAACCUGCCAGUUCUCCUUGUUUUCUCCCUUGUUUUGCUAUGCCUGCCGCCCGGGGGAGGUCAAAAGAAGAAGGAGAACCUGCUGUCAGAGAAGGUUGAACAGAUGAUGGAGUGGUCUUCUCGGCGUUCGGUCAUCCGGAUGAAUGGGGACAAGUUCCGUCGCUUUGUCAAGGCCCCACCCAGGAACUACUCUGUCAUUGUCAUGUUCACUGCCCUGCAGCCUCAAAGACAGUGUUCUGUCUGCAGGCAGGCGAAUGAGGAGUACCAGGUCCUGGCUAACUCCUGGCGUUACUCAUCUGCAUUUUCCAACAAGCUUUUUUUCACUGUAGUGGACUACGAUGAGGGAGCUGAUGUUUUCCAACAGCUGAACAUGAACAGUGCGCCAACCUUCAUGCACUUUCCAGCAAAGGGAAAGCCCAAGAGGGCUGAUACAUUUGACCUGCAAAGGAUUGGCUUUGCUUCAGAGCAGCUGGCCAAGUGGAUUGCAGACCGCACAGAUGUUCAGAUCCGUGUGUUCCGUCCUCCUAAUUACUCUGGGACUAUUGCUCUGGCUCUGUUGGUUUCAUUGGUUGGAGGUCUGCUGUAUCUGAGGAGGAACAACCUGGAGUUCAUAUACAACAAGACUGGAUGGGCCAUGGCUGCGCUGUGCGUAGUGUUUGCCAUGACGUCUGGUCAGAUGUGGAAUCACAUCAGAGGUCCACCUUACGCCCACAAAAAUCCUCAGAAUGGACAAGUGAGUUACAUCCAUGGAAGCAGUCAGGCUCAGUUUGUGGCAGAAUCUCACAUCAUCCUCCUCCUGAAUGCUGCUAUCACCAUGGGGAUGGUUCUGCUGAACGAAGCAGCCACCUCCAAAGGAGAUGUUGGCAAGAGGAGAAUCAUCUGCCUGGUUGGCCUUGGACUGGUGGUGUUUUUCUUCAGCUUCUUGCUCUCCAUUUUCAGGUCCAAGUACCACGGCUACCCCUACAGCUUCCUUAUUAAGUGAAAACACCAGGAGCAGAGGAGGUCAGAGGAUGGAGAAGAGGUGGUAGGUGAGGAGCAGAGGAGUCAAAAAGAUACUUGAAGAGCAGGAGGCAGCUUUACAAUGGAGUAUUGAGUGAUGCGGGGUUUGUUGUUGUGUUUGUGUGUUUUUUAUUGACUGAUACCAUCGACUCUGCUUGCUGAAUAGAAAAUAAAUGAUUCCUUCUUACACUGGAAAAUAAGUGUGUGUGUGUGUGUGUGUGUGUGCGUGUCUGUAUCUUUGUUAUUUCUUGGUUAUAUGGUUCUCUCAGUGGCUGAAUAUUAUGUGUGGGCAGAUACGCUGACCUGUGACCGCAGAGUGUUGUUUUGUGUUGGGUGUUAUUUAUAAAAAACUGGGUUACAGGUGAACAGAGAACAAGAGACACCGGAGGUCAUGGAUAAUGAAGUGACCUUCUGAGAAAGCAAGUGCAGGUUAUGAAGACGCUUACGCGGCCAACAAUUAAACACGGACAUGAACAUUUGUGUUUAUCUAUGUGUAAUAGAGAAACUUACUGUACUAAUCGGGUGUGAAGACGCGCCUGACGGUAGUGUUUUAUACAAUUGAUGGAAGACUUAGUUAAAUUUGUGUCAUCCUGCAUUUAAAUUACCGCUGUAUAGUUUAAACCCAGGUCUGUUGCCACACUGUUUAUCACUAUGUUGUUAUAUUGUUGGACCAUGAUAAUUUUUUUUUUUUUUUUAUAUUAUUUGAUACAAUACUGUGCUAUGAUUUCCACUGACAACUGUGUGAGUCUAAUGUUGAGAUGUUUAAACCUCAACCUGAACAUGUGACGCCACACACACCGUGAUUUUAUUUCAUUAUUAUUCCCCACCCUUAUUUUAUGAAUGUCCACCUCUCGGCCAGAUGUGUGGCUGCUGCUUGUAUAAACAGUGACGCAUGUGUCGUUUAGAACACGCAUACAUUUCUAAUCUGCUCACUUCUGGACUGCCCACUGAACCCGCGAGUGGGCUGCAGCUUUGAAACCAUUUAUGUAACCUGCUGUGCGUGGGCGGACGGAGGGAUGCUGCCGCACACACACCAGUUUGGACGCAUGUAAUAAAAAUAUUCCCUCUCAGA